AGCUUUCCCAUUCGUGUUUACGUCAUAUUCCUCUGACAAACAAGGACCAAUCAAAACGCGAGACAGUUAUGCGUUUCCAUCCCCCAAAACGGCCCUGUGUCAUACCUUCGUUACUUUCAAGUUUUUGACUUGUGAAUCAAGCAUGCGCUUGGUAACUUAUAGCCUGUAAGAGUGAAGUCCAAAUCACACGGGUUAAUGUGACUCCUCCCAUUGGUAUUGGGCAGGUAUUCGGUUCCCACGGCAACAGAAAGCCAAACAGUUAAAACAUGGCCGGGAAAGACAAAAUGAAACCUCUUCCGAAGUCACAAAUGCUAGAAAUACAGGUGCAAGAGAAGAAACAAAAUACGGACAAUGAAGCCAGUGAAAAGGAACACCAGGUUGCCUGGAAAUUUCUAUCGCAUUCACAAGUUAGCAUGUUGUCAGAACUGAGCGUGGAAGAAGUGCAAAAGAAAAUGGAAGACAUCCUCCAAUUUAAAAACCGUCAGACAUGCUUAAAAGAGGCAGCUUUAUUAGAUUACUAUGUCUCUGGGUUUUGGUGGGCCAAAGAAAUGAACUUUACAAGCCAGCAGAUAUCAGGUUUCAUGACCCUCUUACACAUGCUGUUGGAGAAUGCCAAAAAACACAUGUCACUUGUGGAAAACUGGAAAGAACUUGCAAAGACAAUGGCUGGAAUUGGGCAGUCCAGUCCAGUGGGAAAAGGUGGAAUUGAAUUCUUCAGUGUGGACCAGGCCAUCUCCAUCAUUGACUAUUUCAAGUCCAGUUUAUUUCAGCAUUAUAAACUAUACGAAUUUCUCUUCAGUCAACCAAGAGACGAGCUUGUUCUAAGCUUGGAAGAAAACAUUGAGGUUAUUAAGCCAACAGAGUUCCCAUUCCCAGCUCCUCUUGAGGAAGGCCUGCCCUCUGAUAUCUACUCUCAGUUUAUGGCACCUGCCCCAGCAGAACAAAAUGAAGACAAGAUGGAUAAGGAGGAUUAUGAUGAGAGAACUCCUGUAACUGAAGCAGAAGUCAAAGAUCCUUUGGAAGGCUACACCAUGGCAGAUGUAAAAUCAGUGUUGGGGCUUGUCACACGAGACAUCAUUGAAAACCUGCAGACGGAGAUCAGUGAGAAGCUCCGAGCGCAGGAGGAGACCUACAUUGUGAGAAUGGACAAACUUAAGAAUUCCUAAACCAAUUAACAGCGAGGAAAUUGAAGGGAGGCGUAAUGCCGUUUGUUAAACAAUUCACAGUCAAGUUGUGAAAAUCUGAUUAAACACCACUGAUGUUAGCCUUCAUCCAGAGCUUCAAACACUCAAUCCUUUUGGGUAAUG